UCUAACGAUACCGAUCUCGAUAAGGUAUUCCCCACCAAGUUUGUGCCCACUGCAUGAGGCAGAGCCUAGUAACACAGCUGGUGGGACUAAACAUAGCACGUCCACGCUACCACAAUUGUGCAUUGCGCCAAUCAUUUCAUUCACCGAAGGACACGAAAGCGUGGAUAUACGUUGACCGAUUAGCCUGGCCCCCAACGUACGUGAGCAAACGAAACUCGGUUGCAGAAUGGUUCACAAGUCACUCUACGCAGCAUCUGAAACCCAUUCUUUGUUUGACCAUCCCAUGCCUUCUUCCUAGAACCUGAUCAUCGUGUUCCUUUGUCGACAGCGUUCAUAAUACCAUUCCAUCAAUCGCCUGUGUCAACGCAAGAUUCUAGUCUCUUAAGGCACAUCAUCAAUUACAUCAGUCUCGAUGGCUGGACCCAAUCAAAGCACAUGGGCGAACACGAGAUUGCCAGUCCGUGACGAUGAUCAAGGAAGUUUUGAGAGACGACGAGGAUGGAAGUACAGAAGCCUAAGAAUCGGACCCGUCAAGCUUCCAUACUAUGCAUCGCCAGAGUCACAGUUGAUACUGGUCUCAUUUGUCUGCUUCUUGUGCCCUGGCAUGUUCAAUGCCGUCAAUGGGAUAGGCGCAGCAGGUCUUGACGAUGACGCCCAUGCCAGCAACGCUGCCAACACUACGCUUUAUGCUACCUUCGCCGUCGUUGGAUUUUUCGCCGGUACCAUCACGAACGUCCUUGGCAUUCGAAUUGCACUCUCCUUCGGUGGUCUGGGAUAUUGCAUCUACGUCAGUGCACUGCUUUGUUUCAACAAGACCCAAAACUUAGGUUACGUGGUUUUCUCUGGUUUCCUGCUGGGAUGUUGUGCUGGUAUUCUGUGGGCUUCCCAAGGAGCGAUCAUGAUGUCGUACCCACCCGAGAAAAUGAAAGGACGGUAUAUCUCCUGGUUCUGGAUAAUUUUCAAUAUGGGGGCUGUUAUAGGCGGUUUGGUGCAACUAGCGCUCAACUUUAACACCCGCGACGGAACUAAAGCAGCAGUUACGAAUGGUACAUAUAUCGGUUUCAUGAUUCUCACGUUCUUCGGCGCAUGCCUCUCCUGGACACUCAUUGAUGCCAAACAUGUCGUACGCCGCGAUGGCAGUCGGGUAAUCAUGAUGCAGCACCCAACUUGGCAAUCCGAGAUCUUCGGUCUUUGGGAGACUCUCCGUACGGACCCAUAUAUCAUUCUCCUCUUCCCGAUGUUCUUCGCUUCGAAUUGGUUUUAUACAUACCAGUUCAAUGACGUCAACUAUGCGCGGUUUAACGUGCGGACCCGCGCUUUGAACAACACACUGUAUUGGUUAGCGCAGAUUUUUGGAGCUGUUGUAUUCGGGUUUGCGCUAGACUUCCCGAACGUUAGAAGAACUACCCGAGCAAAGAUAGCCUGGGUAACUAUGCUGGUGUUGACCUUUGCUGUCUGGGGCGGAGGAUAUGUCUUUCAACGACAAUACAGUCGCGAUGAUAAUAGCCUCCACUACGACUGGACCCAUGAUGGAUAUGGCGGCCCAAUGGUUUUAUACAUGAGCUACGGCUUCUACGAUGCAGCGUGGCAAACUUGCGUUUACUGGUUUAUGGGUGCCAUCUCCAACAACAGCCGCAAGCUUGCGAACUUUGCAGGCUUCUACAAAGGUAUACAAUCAGCAGGUGCGGCUAUAGUGUUCCGUAUAGACGGCUACAAGAGGCCUUACAUGGAUAUCUUCCUGUCUAGCUGGGUGAUGUUGGCUGCAAGCUUGGUUAUCGCCCUACCUGUUAUGCUUCUAAAGAUCAAAGACACAGUGCCACUCGAGGAGGACUUGAAAUUUACAGAUGAGACUAUCGAAGAUGUACUGGGUAGAAGAGAGGGCUAUCUACUAGACGAGCCCGAGAAGGCGUAGGAUGCUGCGUCCGAGUUGAGAAUAUCUGGAAGCCGAUGUUCUCGCCUACAUGCGAAGCUACCCUGCCUCCAGCGGGAGCUACAACCAAAAGAUGGUUAGCGCGCAACUAACAGAUUAGUACAGGAAGGCCAGUUUCCUCGUGCGAAAAGUAUCUAUAUAUCGUUC